GUACUCAUUGGCUCCGGAGUCAGAGCUGUCCUAAACAACCCGAUUGCAUGUAUUUACACGAAAUGGCUGAACCCGAGGCCUCGUUCACCAAAGAGGAGAUGUCAAUAGGAAAGCACACGGAAUACGAGAAGCGAUUGAUUCAACACUAUUGGGAUCUAUUGGUGAAGGAGAGGGCAGAGAAGAGCAACCGAAAGAACACCCAAAAGGACGUGGAGUUGAAUGGAGAGCACCAGCACUCGCACCCGAAGGUCGAGAGCAAACACAUUGUGAUUAAGAACCCGAAGCAGACAAUGGCUAACCAUAAGAACCACAAAAACGCGAGUAAUGUGUUCAACGGCGAGACCAAUGGUUUUGGCGAUGAGUGCAGUAAUGAUUCGGUGGUGAACGGGGAGAGCGGCGACAGUGCAGUACAAUCGGCGUCACCGGUAAUCCAGUGCCGAUGGGGAACGCCUACAACCCGUAUCUCAUCGAACUGUUCAUCAAACUCGGAGUCCAAUAGUUUGAGUAAUAGCUUGAGUUCAACGCCGAACCAAACGUCAGGAGCCGCACAACCGUCUCAACCACAGCCACAACAACAACAACCACAGCACCCGUCGCCACAGGAGGCGCUCGUACAUCAACUACAACACGGCGUACGGCUGUCACCCGGCAUUACGCACCGAAUACUGGGCCAGACGUACGUGAAAAGCGGUGAUAAUCUGUUGAAUGGCAUCGACUCAGACAACGCAGUGGACGCACAGCUCAUGAAACGGAAUGGUCUGACGAAUGGUAUGGACGGCGAGGGCGACAGCAGUGGCGACGACAUGACUGCCGACGAUGACGACGGCCUCGACUUCGAUCCCAUAUCGAUAUCGAGCCGCGGAUUGCAAGACCUGUUAAGAGACUCAUCGGUGAUGAGCACACACUCUGUCGUGAAUACCGUGUUCUCCAACCAAACGCACGACAUGUAUGUGAAUCGACUCGCGAAACACCAUUCGUACGAAAUACCGACACAAAUGGUGACAUCCAAUCAAAAAGCAAAUGAAUAUCAAAACGGUUUUGUAGUGAAUAAUAGACAGCAAAUGAUGAAUGUGUUCAACAAUCAGAUGUCGGGCCCACAGCAGCAGCACCUCCUCAGCCAACACCAGAUCCAUAGCCAACAGCACCCACAGCAACAACCCUCUCCUCAAUGGCAAACACAACAACAGAACUCUUUAAGACAACUCUUGCCUAAUGUUAACAUAGCGUUUAGGCAUCAAAACACCGGUUUGGACGGCACCGGUGGCAAUGGGUUCUUAAAUGGUUUUACCGGUAAUUGUAAUACAAAUUCACAACAAAUGAUCCCAAAUAUAAGACAACAGAGUAUAGGACACCAAAUGGGUGGUCCGUCAUUAAUGAGUAGCCAUCCCGUGAUGGCCACGAAUAAUGGCGGACCUACCGGUGCCACAGCAGGCAAUGGAGUCAACGUUUUGCCACAUUUUUGGAGUCAAUCCCAACAACAACAGCAACAGAGAGAACAUAUGCUUCGACUACAGCAACAGCAACAACAACAUCAGAUACCAGUGCAUAGACAACACCCCUUCCACCACAACCAGAGGUUAUAUAUGGGUCCACCCGUGGCUCAGCAGAUGUCGGCGCCGGUGCCCACCGCUGCCGGUGGCCGACAGCCGCCGCCCGGAUUU